CGCAUUCGCCGCGAGCCGAGCACAGGAGGCAUGUAUGACGGUGAUGGCCAAGAUGCUUUAAAACGCUGAUCGAAACUCGUAGCUGAGGAUAGCGCGUUUCCCGGAUUAUGAGCACAUUCGUCUGAACUUCUUGGUGGCUUGCAGACGUGCUACUCCUGAAAUGCUGGCUUAGAUGCCGCAUCAAAAGGUCUCUAAACCGAUACCCAGAUUAGCAUAAAAGGAUGCAUUUCUUAUCUCGGGGUUACCAAACCUUGUCUACAGCUUCUCCUCUCUGCCCAUCUUUAUUUUUUCUGUUCAACAUAUCCUUGUCAUUUGGACUGGCGUGAACGAGCGGGAGAGCAAGCAUAAGAAGCGCGAUAUACUUCUGACCUCGGCAUACUUUUUGCUCAUUGUGGCCAGCAUUGCUGUUUUUUCCUUCAGCUUCUGGCCCGUGUAUCUGCAAAAUGAACGCGCGCUCUAUGUGCCUCUGAUGAUCUGCAUGAUGGUUCCAGCAGGCGUUGAGGGAAUGUGGCAAACAAACACCCUGCGCGGCCUGGCCUCUCCAUGGGCUUAUUUGGUUUUGAUGGUUUAUGCAUGCGCAAUUCCUCAAAUUUGCUUUGCGUUUAUGCCUUGGCUUCUCCGAUACGCCCUUUUACUUACCGCGCCCGAAUAUGGAGCUCUCACCUUCAUGGCAUUCUUCAUUACACUCCGAUCGGGGUGUGCCCAGCGAGCCGCUUUGCGGGAAUCUCUCUGUAUCAGCAUGCUCACUAUUACAGCUCUUGGUCUUGCCGUUUACGGGUUUAUUUAUGUUGAGAUGUGCCCCUUCCUUCUUUUGAUUCUUGGUAUUGUCCUUGUUGGCAGAUAUCCAUGUCGGAUCAAGGGAGCAGCACCUUCCGCUCCCUCAGAAGCUUCUCUUGUAUCCAUCCGCUGUCCCUCUAAUUAGGUGAAUGUCACCUCUACAUACGUUUCUGCCUGCUCGGCUUUUUCUUCUUCAAAGCCGUUCGCCCUAUUACUGCUUCCUUUCCUUUUACAAACAUCCAUUCAUUAGCUUUUUUUAUCCUUGGAAUACAAUUGUUUUGCGCACUAAUA